CCAACUACCUUUGACUUUAAAAUCACAAACAUUUUCUUUUGUGUUACUAGCUAGAAAGACAUCUAAUUUGGUCUUAAAUUGGAUUAAAGAGGAUCGCUUCAAUGUAAAUAUAAGAAAGAUCUUUAGCAUCUGUGCCUUCACCCCUAUAAGCUUCGAUCAUGCAGAGUCACUAUUAUAUACCACAAUGGGUCAAUGAAUACAAUAAAAUGUAGUUGAAUGUUUCAAUAUUAUUGAUGCAGAUAUUGAAUGUGUUAAAAAAUCUGGUUAUGAGUCAAAUCUAAAACCGGAUCUAAAUCCAUUUUAAAUAUUUAGAUUUUAUCCACCCAACUCUCAAGUUUCAAUUCCAAAACCCUAAAUCCCCAAAGCUCCAAAACCUCAAAACUCCAAAACCAUUCUGAUUUUGCCGUCACCCAAGACCACCGACCUUCCACUUUCCGGCAGUAUUUUUCGGUAAACCGACCUUCCACCUUCCGGCAGUUUUUUCCGGCAAGCCGACCAUCCACCUUCCGGCAGCGUUUUCCGGCAAACCGACCUUCCACUUCUGGCAGUGUUUUCCGGCAAUCCGGCACCUUCCUUCUUUCUCAAUAGCUUAGUUCUGGUUUGGAAAAGAAAGACUGCAUAAUAUCUGGCUGAUUAUGGUGUUCCAUAUACAAUUAUAAGGAAAGAUUGACGGCCCUCCCAAGCUUUCUAGUCAAGCUCUACCACUGUUCACAAAACUCCCCAAUCAAGACUGCAAAAAAGUGAGAAAGUUAUCCAAAUUGUCACAUCAUUUACAGAAAACUGGAACGACUAAGUAGAAAAUGGUUUUAUUUCAGUGACAAGACAAAAUGAACUAGUUAAGGAUGUUUUAAUUUAUCAAUAUUCACACACUUCUCCGUUCCUCAACAAAUCCAAAAAUGGUGAGAAACCCUUUAUCUAAAACUGCAAACAAAUACCUACGAAAAUUCAGAAAAUGGCCACACUCGCCUUACAAGACAACAUGGCACCACACCUUUGGUGAACAACAAGCUAUGCACAUUCUCAAACAAGCAACAUUUCAAAUGAGUUCAACCCAACAACAACCUCAAACACAAAUCAACAACAACCCUUUUCUUCUUUCCACUCUUAUUGACUCAUUCAAAGCUUAUAACACUGACCCAACUCCGAAAGCUUACUAUUUUCUCGUCAAAACCAUAACCAACACUUCCCAGUUACAUGAAAUUCCUCAUAUUCUCAACCACCUUGAACACAUUGAGAAAUUUGAAACACCCGAGUUCAUCUUUUGUUACCUUAUUAGGUUCUAUGGUCUUGCUGAUAGGGUUCAAGAUGCUGUUGAUUUGUUCUUCAGAAUUCCUAGGUUUAGGUGCACACCAACGGUUUAUUCUUUGAACUUGUUGCUCUCAUUGCUUUGUAGGAAGAGAGAGUUUCUCAAGAUGGUUCCAAAUAUUUUGUUGAAGAGUCAGCAUAUGAAAAUCCGUCUUGAGGAAUCGACUUUUCGGGUUUUGGUUAAGGCUUUGUGUAGAAUUAAGAGGGUUGAUUAUGCUAUUAAGAUAAUGAAUUGUAUGAUUGAAGAUGGUUACAGUUUGGAUGAUAAGAUAUGUUCUUUGAUAAUAUCGUCGUUGUGCGAACAAGAGGAUUUGACUAGUGUUGAGGCUUUGGUUGUUUGGGGAAAUAUGAGGAAACUAGGGUUUUGUCCAGGUGUAAUGGAUUGUACCAAUAUGAUUAGGUUUUUGGUGAAGGAAGGGAAGGGUAAGGAUGCUUUGGAAAUUCUGAAUCAGUUGAAAGAAGAUGGAAUUAAACCUGAUAUUGUUUGUUACACUAUUGUUAUGAGUGGAUUUGUUAAAGAAGAUGAUUAUGUGAAGUUAGAUGAACUAUUUGAUGAAAUACUUGUAUUGGGACUCGUUCCUGAUGUUUAUACUUACAAUGUGUAUAUAAAUGGUUUGUGUAAGCAGAAUAAUGUUGACGAGGCACUUAAGAUUGUUGUUUCAAUGGAAAAAUUAGGAUGCAAACCAAAUGUAGUUACUUACAAUACUUUAUUGGGUGCAUUGUGUAUGAAAGGGGAUUUAGGUAAAGCAAAGACGGUAUUUAAGGAAAUAGGGUUGAAGGGUGUUGAACUAAACUUGCAUACAUAUAGGAUCAUGCUUGAUGGUUUGGUUGGUAAAGGUGAGAUUGGUGAAGCAUGUGUUUUGUUGGAGGAAAUGUCGGACAAAUGUUUUUAUCCUAGAUCUUCAACAUUUGAUAGUAUCAUACUUCAUUUGUGCCAAAAGGGUUUGAUUGGUGAUGCAACUGUAUUGAUGAAUAAAAUUGUUGCUAAAAGUUUUGUUCCUGGAGCUAAGGUUUGGGAAGCAAUGCUUCUUAACUCAGGUUCUGAGCUUACCUAUUCCGAAACCACAUUUGUUGGAUUGUUCAGCCCACAAUAAAAACAGUUUAUGAAAUGUCUAUAAGUUAUUUUCAGCUUAUAUUUUCAUAAACUUUAUGAUAGCUUAUGAAAACAGUUUAUAGUACUAUAAAAGUUCAAUUAAGUUAUGUAAGUGGCAAUGUGUUAGACUUGAUUUGGAAGUGUUGGCUCUCAUUCGUUAUAGUUAACAAAGUAGUUCCACUGAUUUGCUUGCUGACGUGUCUUAAUGCAGUGGGAUUCUUUGUUGCUUUGUUUCUUUUUCUGAAAUUUAGGAAUCUCUAUAUUACUCUUCCUUCAAAUUGUUUAUUUAUUUUAUAUUUUAUUUAAUCUCUUUUAAAGUUGAGAUUUGACCCCUUCUGACUA